UGAGUUCCCCCGGGACUUCUGAAGUUCCGGCCCGCGCUGGACUUCUGGCAUUCCCUCUUCCCGCCGACACCAUGUGGAUCCAGGUUCGGACCAUGGACGGGAGGCAGACCCACACGGUGGACUCGCUGUCCAGGCUGACCAAGGUGGAGGAGCUGAGGCGGAAGAUCCAGGAGCUGUUCCACGUGGAGCCAGGCCUGCAGAGGCUGUUCUACAGGGGCAAACAGAUGGAGGACGGCCAUACCCUCUUCGACUAUGAGGUCCGCCUGAAUGACACCAUCCAGCUCCUGGUCCGCCAGAGCCUCGUGCUCCCCCACAGCGCCAAGGAGCGGGACUCCGAGCUCUCCGACACCGACUCGGGCUGCUGCCUGGGCCAGAGUGAGUCGGACAAGUCCUCCACCCACGGCGAGGCAGCCGCCGAGACUGACAGCAGGCCAGCCGACGAGGACAUGUGGGAUGAGACGGAGUUGGGGCUGUACAAGGUCAACGAGUACGUCGAUGCCCGGGACACGAACAUGGGAGCGUGGUUUGAGGCGCAGGUGGUCAGGGUGACGCGGAAGGCCCCCUCCCGGGACGAACCCUGCAGCUCCACGUCCAGCCCCGCACUGGAGGAGGACGCAGACGUCAUUUACCACGUGAAAUACGACGACUACCCGGAGAACGGCGUGGUCCAGAUGAACUCCAGGGACGUCCGAGCUCGCGCCCGCACCAUCAUCAAGUGGCAGGACCUGGAGGUGGGCCAGGUGGUCAUGCUCAACUACAACCCCGACAACCCCAAGGAGCGGGGCUUCUGGUACGACGCGGAGAUCUCCAGGAAGCGUGAGACCAGGACGGCGCGGGAACUCUACGCCAACGUGGUGCUCGGGGAUGAUUCUCUGAAUGACUGUCGGAUCAUCUUCGUGGACGAAGUCUUCAAGAUUGAGCGUCCGGGCGAAGGGAGCCCUAUGGUUGACAACCCUAUGAGACGGAAGAGCGGGCCGUCCUGCAAGCACUGCAAGGACGACGUGAACAGACUGUGCCGGGUCUGCGCGUGCCACCUGUGCGGGGGCCGGCAGGACCCCGACAAGCAGCUCAUGUGCGAUGAGUGUGACAUGGCCUUCCACAUCUACUGCCUGAACCCGCCCCUCAGCAGUGUUCCCAGCGAGGAUGAGUGGUACUGUCCUGAGUGCCGGAAUGAUGCUAGCGAGGUGGUGCUGGCGGGAGAGCGGCUGAGAGAGAGCAAGAAGAAGGCGAAGAUGGCCUCGGCCACAUCGUCCUCGCAGCGGGACUGGGGCAAGGGCAUGGCCUGUGUGGGCCGCACCAAGGAAUGCACCAUCGUCCCAUCCAACCACUACGGACCCAUCCCGGGGAUCCCCGUGGGCACCAUGUGGCGAUUCCGAGUCCAGGUACCUGCGGCGUCCCAGGGGUCCAGGGGCCACGCGGGCUCUCUCUCUUUUUGCCUCUGCAGAGGGUUCACCCAGCCUUCUUAUCUGUUUCAGGACAAUGGGAAUUUUUUCACAUACACAGGUAGUGGUGGUCGAGAUCUUUCCGGCAACAAGAGGACCGCGGAACAGUCUUGCGAUCAGAAACUCACCAACACCAACAGGGCACUGGCUCUCAACUGCUUUGCUCCCAUCAAUGACCAAGAAGGGGCCGAGGCCAAGGACUGGCGGUCAGGGAAGCCGGUCAGGGUGGUGCGCAAUGUCAAGGGUGGCAAGAACAGCAAGUACGCCCCCGCCGAGGGCAACCGCUACGAUGGCAUCUACAAGGUGGUGAAAUACUGGCCCGAGAAGGGGAAGUCCGGGUUUCUCGUGUGGCGUUACCUCCUGCGGAGGGACGAUGAUGAGCCUGGCCCUUGGACGAAGGAGGGGAAGGACCGGACCAAGAAGCUGGGGCUGACCAUGCAGUAUCCAGAAGGCUACCUGGAAGCCCUGGCCAACCGAGAGCGAGAGAAGGAGAACAGCAAGAGGGAGGAGGAGGAGCAGCAGGAGGGGGGCUUCACGUCCCCCAGGACGGGCAAGGGCAAGUGGAAGCGGAAGUCGACAGGAGGUGGCCCGAGCAGGGCCGUGUCCCCGCGCCGGACAGCCAAGAAAAGCAAGGUGGAGCCUUACAGCCUCACGGCCCAGCAGAGCAGCCUCAUCAGAGAGGACAAGAGCAAUGCCAAGCUGUGGAAUGAGGUCCUGGCGUCACUGAAGGACCGGCCGGCGAGCGGCAGCCCGUUCCAGUUGUUCCUGAGUAAAGUGGAGGAGGCGUUCCAGUGUAUCUGCUGUCAGGAGCUGGUGUUCCGGCCCAUCACGACCGUGUGCCAGCACAACGUGUGCAAGGAUUGCCUGGACAGAUCGUUCCGGGCACAGGUGUUCAGCUGCCCCGCCUGCCGCUACGACCUGGGCCGGAGCUACACCAUGCAGGUGAACCAGCCUCUGCAGACCGUCCUCAACCAGCUCUUCCCCGGCUACGGCAAUGGCCGGUGAUCUCCAAGCACUUCUCCACAGGCGUUUUGCUGAAAAUGUGUCCGAGGGUUCGUUCAUCGGCCCUGAUUUUGUUCUUAGCGGGCUUAACUUAAACAGGUAGUGUUUCCUCUGUUCCCUAAAAAGGUUUGUCUUCCUUUUUUUUUUUUUAUUUUUUUUUAUUUUUCAAAUCUAUACAUUUUCAGGAAUUUAUGUAUUCUGGCUAAAAGUUGGACUUCUCAGUAUUGUGUUUAGUUUUUUGAAAACGUAAAAGCCUACAAUUUCUCGACAAAACAGUGUAAGAUUUUUAAAAGAUGGAAUCAGAAACUACGUGGCGUGGAGGCUGUUGAUGUUUCUGGUAUCAAGUUCUCAGAAGUUGCUGCCACCAACUCUUGAAGAAGGCGAAGGGAUCAGUCCUUCUCUCGGGUUCUGGCCCCCAAGGUCAGAGCAAGCAUCUUCCUGACAGCAUUUUGUCAUCUAAAGUCCAGCGAGAUGGUUCCCCGUGGUGGCCCGUGGUGGCCCGUGGCAUCCCGUGGCGUGGCGUGGCUCAGCUGUCUGUUGAAGUUGUCGCAAGGAAAAGAGGAAACAUCUCGGGCCCAGUUGAAACCUUUGUCUCAAAGCCAUCCCCCGCCAGACUGCUUAGCGUCUGAGAUCUGCGUGAAAAGUCCUCUGCCCGCAAGAGCAGGGAGUUGGGGCCAUGCAGAAAUGGCCUCAAGGGGACUCUGCUCCACGUGGGCCAGAUGUGUGCUGACGCUGUCCGAUGAAGGCGGCCAUGGACGGAUGCCAGCACACGAAGUCACGCCCAAGUGCCUUUGGUUCGUUCCUUCUUUCUAAAGACGACAUCGUCUUUGUUGUUAGCACUGAAUUAUUGAAAAUGCCAACCAGAUUCUAGAAACUACGGUCGUCCAGUUCUUCCUGACACCGGAUGGGUGCUUGGAAACAGUUUGAGCCUUACAGAUCAUUGAAAUUCAAUUUUUUAACUCGACAAGUGAGAACUUACAAGAGGAUUUUUUUUGUUUUUGUUUUUGUUUUGUUUUUUUUCUAUGAACACAUUUUCUAAAUGAAUUUUUUUUGUAGUUACUGUAUAUGUACCAAGAAAGAUAUAACGUUAGAGUUUGGUUGUUGUUUUUGUUUUUGUAUUUUUUUUUGAAAGGUUUUGUUAAUUUUUCUAAUUUUACCAAAGUUUGCAGCCUAUACCUCAAUAGAACAGGGAUAUUUUAAAUCACAUACCUGCAGACAAACUGGAACUAUGUUAUUUUUAAAGGAUUUUUUUUUUCACCUCCUUAUUGUUAGAUUAUUAAUGUAUUAGGGAAGAAUGAGACAAUUUUGUGUAGGCUUUUUCUAAAGUCCAAUAUUCUUUGUCCAGAUUUUAGAUUCUCAGAAUAAAUGUUUUUCACAGAUAGA